AUUUGUUAGUUGCGACCAUCCUAAAGAGGAGAUCAAGGCUGUGUUCAACAACCUGAUUUCUGAAGAGGACCUUAACACCCUGCUGUCAUCUGACAACUGCAUGAGCUUUACCAUAUCUGACUUUUGUACUGGUUACAAUAGCAGAGUUUCAUUCAGCCAGAAACCUGAGUUUAACACCAGCUUUGAAUACUCCUAUGGGAAGGAACAUGAGCUUCCCCCUCCACUCGUCGGAGGGAAAUCUCUUGUCACAAGAAAUGGAAAUGUAAUUGUUAAGACCAUGACAUUUCCAGAUGUUGUGUACACCUAUGAAACAAUUGUGUCUGGCUUUGGUGUCUCAAUCAAGAUGUCAUCAACAAGGGAUGGGUAUAUCUCUACAAGUAUCUGGGAGAGGGUUAAUGCUUCCUUCUGUGGUUACUUUGUCAUGCAGAACCAUGUUAAUGCUGAGAAUUAUAUGGUGGCUGAUAACAAGAUGUCAAAAGCUGAAGCAGAGACACUUCUGUCUUUUCUGGCAGUUAGAAUAACCGAGAAGGGUGGAAAGUAUGAAAUGGCUGAUUUCCUUGGAAAUGGAACAAACAAGAGUAUUAGUUUCAAUCUUGGUGUAGAGUUUGCCGAGGAAAAUUAUCAUUUGGGGAUCAAUGGAACCCAUUUGUUCACUAGUAAUUCCCUGUCUGAACUCGUAUACACUUUUAAAGAUAAGGGUUCGGGAAGUGUUACCGUUUGGAGAGCUUUAGCCACCACAGAUACUCUAACAUGGACUGCAGAGAAGGCUUCUCAUGGUGUCAAGUGUAGCAUUACAUAUCAGCGAUGUGGAGAUAUUGACGGUACUUGGAAAGUCAUGACUCACUCCAACUAUGACAACUUCCUCCGUGGUCUUGGUCUCCCGGAGUCAGUGAUCCAGGAUGCUGUAGAGGAAAGAGAAACCCUGACCUGGAAACAUCUUGGAAAAGAGGUUUGGCUUGCUGCUUCAUCUUCAAAAGUGCUUCCUAUGGAGUCAAAGCAUCUUAUCCCAGGCAUAGACCACUCCUCUCAGAUGAUGGGAAUGAACGUUACUGAAAUAUUUAAUCUGAGCAGGGAUGGAAUGUACGGCACAGUUAAGAUGGGAGAGAACAUGUUUAACUACAAAGUUGUUGUUGGAAAGGAGUUGGCCCAUAUGGAUGUGGAGAUUGAUGGGAAACCUUUUACUAAAGCUACAAUUAUAUUCGCUAGAACAUAAAGGGAUUAAAUAUAUUGGCGUUAGAAACAUC